AUGAAGCGACCGGGAGCGGCGAGAGGAGGAGGAGGACAAGGAGGAGGAAAUCACGGGGAAGGAACGAACGCGCAACAAAACCAACAACAGAUGAAGAAAAAGAAAACGAUUCAGACGAAUAACGUACUCGGGAACAUACUCGGGAACAUCAAGAAGACGACGAGUGGAUCGAAUACGAGUAAUACUAAUACUGUCGCAGUGAGAAGCUCGCUGAUGACGCCUCAAGAGCGCGCGUUGGAGAGGAGGAAAACGUUUGAAAAAGACGUCAAGGAGAAAAUCGAGAAGGAAGUUACAACGAAGUGGGAGGCGAGCGGAGGCGCGGAGACGGCGACUUUUAGUUUCCAACCGAUGGUAAAAAUGUGGCGCGACGUCUUGCACGAAUGCGCGUCGGAGAUGCAAACGACCUCGGAGUCGAUCGAGAUAGAGGAUGUGAUGGAUGAAAACGGCGAUCCGAUGAAAUUCGUGCGCGUGUAUAAACUGAGCAAGAAAGAGGAGGAAGAGAAGAAACAGUUGGAAAUUAGUUUAAGAGAAAAGGCGGAGAAAGCGAAGAGGGAGAUGCUCGCGUUUCGGAAGAAAGAAAGUUUGACCGAUAAGGCUCCGGCGUUUGGCGACGCUUUGUCCGAGUUAAGAGUGGCGAGAGAGGGGGAAAAAAGAGAUAAACGGUCGGUGGAGGAGACCAUAGCGGAUAUGCGGAAAGCAAAGGAAGGAUGA